GCGAAUCGGAAGCAAGAAGAAGAAAAACUCUUCAAUCAAGCAGAAGACACCCAAGCUGGAAAUUUCCAGACAAAAACAUUCAGACCAAAGAGGACCUCAGUGGAAGCCUUUUGUUGAUCUUGUUUAUUUUUUGUGCACGUGAAGAGGAGUGUAAAGAAAGCAAAUUACUACGGCUCCCUCCUGCAGUCGUCCACGGUUUGUCUAGGCUCAAACCUGGAAGGCGAGGUCAACGUGCCGUUCCGUGACCUCCUGCCCAUGGUGCAUCCUAAUGACAUCAUCUUUGACGGUUGGGAUAUCUCCUCCAUGAAUCUUGGCAGAGCAAUGGAGCGAGCGCAGGUGCUCGACUGGCCAUUGCAGGAGCAGCUGAGACCACACAUGAGCUGCCUGAAACCAAGACCAUCCAUCUAUAUCCCAGAGUUCAUUGCUGAAAACCAAGAGAGUCGGGCAGACAACGUCUUAACUGGUACUAUGGCAGAGCAGAUGGAGCAAAUCAGAGCUGACAUAAAAGACUUCAAGCAGUCCAGUGGUGUGGACAAAGUAAUUGUUCUGUGGACAGCCAACACCGAGCGCUUCUGUGAUGUCAUCCCCGGGGUCAAUGACACGGCCAAGAACUUGCUGGCUGCAAUCCUGAGUGGAGCAGCAGAGAUAUCUCCAUCCUCUCUGUUUGCAGUAGCCAGUAUACUGGAGGGCUGCGCCUACAUCAACGGUUCUCCGCAGAACACUUUCACUCCAGGAGUUGUGGAGCUGGCCGUGCAGAGAGGUGUGUUCAUCGGGGGUGACGACUUCAAGUCUGGUCAGACCAAGAUCAAGUCGGUGCUUGUGGACUUCCUGGUCAGCGCAGGUAUCAAGCCAACCUCCAUCGUCAGUUACAACCACCUCGGCAACAACGACGGGAAGAACCUGUCGGCCCCUCAGCAGUUCCGCUCCAAAGAGAUCUCCAAGAGCAAUGUGGUGGAUGACAUGGUGCGGUCCAACCCCAUCCUGUACCAGCCUGGAGAGAAACCUGACCACUGUGUGGUGAUCAAAUAUGUCCCAUACGUGGGAGACAGCAAGCGGGCCAUGGACGAGUACACGUCUGAGAUAAUGAUGGGAGGGCUCAACACCAUCGCCCUGCACAACACCUGCGAGGAUUCUCUGUUGGCCAGCCCCAUCAUCCUGGACCUGGUGAUCCUGACAGAGCUCUGUCAGCGUGUGACUGUGAAGCCUCAGGGAGAGGAGGACUUUCAGUCCUUCCACAGUGUCCUGUCUCUGCUCUCCUUCCUCUGCAAGGCCCCCCUGGUUCCGUCAGGGACUCCUGUAGUCAACGCCUUCUUCCGACAGAGAGCCUGUAUAGAAAACAUCUUGAGAGCUUGCCUCGGACUACCUCCUCAAAACCACAUGCUGCUGGAGCACAAGCUGCAGAGGAACUUCCUGACUCCACACACGACCUACAGCAACAGCGACGUGGCCACACUGAAAAAAGCAGUGCUUCCUAAUGGGCAGCAUAUCUCUGUACCUCUGACAAAUGGCAGAUAUGACCAUGAGAGGGAUACAGCUUGUGCCAUGUGAGGGUUAUUAGAGAGCUAAAGCUCAAAAUAGACUUAAAAGUAGUAUUAAAAUGUUUUUGGACAUGAACAAAGACUGCUCAGUGAUUAAACCUUGACUGGGUUAAAAACAACUUGAAAUAUUUUAAUCACCUUGAGGUCAAGAUCCAUAGUUAUUUAUCUCUUAACAUGUUACACAUAUUUCAGCUUGGCAAAUAUUUUUUACAAGUUUACAGAAUAUGCUUGUAUUUUUAGUUCAACAUGUUUAGUUCAAAUUUAAAUUAUAACUACACACUGUACUGUAUGAGUAUCUGUUGAAGCAGAUACACAUUAAUGUGUUACCAUUUAAUUACUGCUGUAUUUUUGCUGUUUGACCGGAUGGCACAUAAACUUAACGAAGGGAGCAUCUUAAGUACAUUUUUAUGUAGUCUGUCUUUGCCUUACUGUAUGUGUUUAGAAGUUUGUUUCAAUGUUGGUAUUUAUAGAAAAUAAACUUUAAUUUAUGUCUAAACCAGAA